UUAUAAAGUUUGUUUACGUGGUUCUGUUAAGAACAGAAACUCUACAAAAAUACAGGAUGACAUCUGCUGCCAAGUCUGUUGUAGAUAAACUAAGGCAUUUUGAUGCAUAUCCAAAAACCCUAGAAGACUUCCAGAUCAAGACAGUAUCUGGGGCAGCAGUGACAGUUGUUGCUGGGUUGUUCAUGAGUCUUCUCUUUUUGUCGGAACUCUAUGACUACUUAACACCCAAGAUUGCAGAGGAUCUUUUCGUCGACACCACUAGAGGGAGCAAACUACGUAUUAAUUUUGAUGUUAUAUUUCCAAGCAUUCCAUGCAAUUUGUUGAGCUUGGAUGCCAUGGACCUAAGUGGCGAGCAGCAUGUCAAUGUGCAGCACAACAUAUACAAACGGAAGUUAGAUUUGCAGGGAAGACCUUUGCAAGAUCCAGAAAGACAAGAACAUAUUGGUCAUAGCAGAGAUGAUAGUACCAAUACAACUCAAGGAAGUACUGCAGAAGUAACUACACCCAAAUGUGGAAGUUGUUACGGGGCAGAAUCAGAAAAAAAUCAAUGCUGUAACUCCUGUGAAGAUGUCAAGGAUGCAUACCGCACCAAGGGCUGGGCAGUGCCGCCUCUCAAAGAUAUAGAGCAGUGUGUACGAGAGGGUAAGCUGGUGGAGUCUGAGGAGCUACCAAAGGAGGGCUGUCAGAUGUAUGGAUAUUUGGAAGUAAACCGGGUUGGGGGUAAUUUCCAUAUAGCUCCUGGGAAGUCAUUUCAGCACAAUCAUCUUCACAUACAUGAUGUUCAGCAAUAUAAAACAAAGGAUUUCGACCUCUCUCAUCGCAUCCGGCAUCUCAGCUUUGGCUAUAACAUCCCCGGCAAAACUAACCCUAUUGAUGGAACCGAAUUCACAACUGAGAAGGGACCAAAAACCAUCACUUACUAUGUCAAAAUUGUACCCACGACAUAUGAGAGGGUAGACGGCUCUACACUAUCUACCAAUCAGUUCUCAGUCACACAACAUCAAAAGUCUCUUCAGAUGGGGCUGGGAGAGUCGGGUCUUCCAGGGGUCUUCUUCACUUAUGAGCUAUCUCCUAUGAUGGUCAAGUACACAGAAAAACACAAAUCUUUAGGCCACUUCCUGACAGGAGUUUGUGCUAUAAUCGGUGGAAUCUAUACAGUUGCUGGCCUUAUAGAUGCUGCUAUAUAUCAUUCUCAUCGUGCUCUUCAGCGCAAGAUUGAAAUAGGGAAGGCUACAUAAAAAUCACUUUUAUAUAGAAUAAUUUGCAAAUCAAUUUCUCUUAUUAGUCUUUUUUUUUUGUUUUUCUUUUUUUAACAAUAGACAGGUUUGUUGAUUUUGAUUUUUAUACAAGAUAGGAGAUUUUAGGGAAAGGAAUUGUUAUAUUUUUAAAGAAUGAAAUUAAGUAGGUUGUGUAUACCAUGUUGGUUUGAAAAGAAAGUAGUUUUUGCAUUACUGAAUUCUUCUAAUAAUUUGAUUUUUGCAAGUUACCCCUGUUUAUCUAGGAAAAAUGAUUGGCUAAACAUUUGUUGUCUAUAUUGGCCAUCUUUCUGCUUUUAUUUGUUGAUGAUAGAAUGAUUUGAUAAUUUCUGUGUUGAAUAUGCCUCAAAUGAAAGAAGUAUAAAUCUUGCUAAACAAACACCUCAAGUAGAACAGAUAAUUAUUAUGUAUUUCUGUAUUCUCAUCUGUUAUUUUUUUAAAUUUCAUUUUCAUCUGUUCUUGAUUACAGUAUGCCAUUACUUUAUUGAACAUAUAUGCCUUGAAUAAUCAUCUCAGUCUCCCAUUUAAUACCAUGAUAUCAUUGACUCCAUUGACUUCAUGCUCAUAUGUGUGUCACUCUCAAAUCAUUGUAUAUUGUUUUAGUUCUGUGUAGUUAGUACAGUGUGUGUGUGUGUAUGUAGACCUGUGUGAUUCUGGUGUUUCCUAUGACCUUGCAUUAAGCCUUGAGUAUUUCUUUUGAGAUAAUGAAUUACUUUUAGCUUAGCAUUGGGAUUUACCCCCAUCAGUAGAUUCAGUGAAUGAGUGUGUGUAUCAGUGAAAUGCACUUAUUUUAAAUACACAUGUAAGAAGCCAAAAAAAAAAAAAAAAAAUGACACUGAUUCUUGUCUAUAAUUGCAGACUUUAGAAUAUUCUACAGCCACUAAAGAAGUUUUCAUUUGUGAUUGUAUUGCUUAUGCGGUAUUUUUUUGAGUGCACUGUGUGUAGAUUUUCUUAAAAGUUGUAUCUGUGUAUGUAUGUAUACAUAUAUACAUAUAUGAUUUUUUUUUUUCUAUUUUUUCUUUCUUUUUUUCUGUAUUUCACUUCAUGGAGAAAUGCAUUGUAUGCAAAAUUCUG